AUGGCUGCAAAGUAUUGGAAGAAUAUGAAGGAUGCUUUCCUUGAAUCUGAUGCUAUGAGUUACCGUACCCUCUUGUAUGACUUCUCAAUAAGGCAUAUGGUUGGGGAAAGAGGGCAUAUUUUGGAAACAGGGAAAGUUUUCAGUAGUUGUUUAGACGUGAACAGAAUGAGUGUCCUUGGAUUUAAUGUGAUGAUUAAAGCUUGUGGCAUCAGCAAGAGAUUUAGCCAGGCAUGCUGCGUUUUUGAUAGUAUGGAGAAACAUAGUAUAAUUCCUGAUAAAUACAGCUAUAAUUCACUAAUGCAAAUGCUAGCUAGUGCAGAGCUGCCAGAAAAGGCAAAAUUCUAUGUCAAGAUAUUGUAG